UAAGUAUGUAGAUCCCGUGAGGGUAGAACAGACUGACUAAAUCUAUCGUAACCUGACAACCUGCUUGACAUAAUCUCUCACAACCCCGAAAACAACACACAACGUACACAUCCUAACCUAAUUUUGUUUUAAAUCGUAAACUUGGUGAUAUUUGACAAGAUACAAAAACCAGAAUCAAUUAUGUCUCUGAGAAACGUUGGGAAGAAAGUGACGCAGACAGACUUGCGUCGAGUUAUGAAUGAGCACAAAAAGAAGCUGACCACAGUGACGAGAAUCGAAUCAUCAAUCGCAAAGUACACAGAUUCGGGUCAGCUGAUAUGCAUACUCUGCAAGACACUGGUGCGCAGUGAAGCGGUAUGGAAUAUCCACCUGAACUCCAAGAUUCACAAAGAAAACAUCAUCCUCGCAAAAAAGGAACAUGUCGAGCCUCCCAAACCUGCUCCGAUCGCUCCACACAGUUUUAAACGGCCUACCUCAUCUGCGAAUGUGGAAGUACCGAGCAAAAAGUUGAAGAGUAUUUUGAAAAAUGGCCCUGCAGUGUCAUCUGCACUGCCUGAUGAUUUCUUCGACAAAACCUCCGCAUCUAAACCUCCUCGUAAUGUUCACGAGGCCAAAACUGAAGUGACAAAGGAAUCGGCGGAAAGUGAGGAUGUCGAGAUGGAAGAGAAGGAGGAGGAGAAGGAUCUCAGUCAGACUCAGCUCCCAGAGGGCUUUUUCGACGAUCCUAUCAUGGACGCUAAGGUAAGAAACGUCGAGUACAAAGACCCGAUUGAAGAAGAGUGGGAAAAGUUUCAAAAAGAGAUUAAAGAGGAGGCUGCACAGUCGGCUCAGAUCAUAGCGGAUGAUCAGGAGGAAGCGACGACCGAGAGGCAAUUAGACGAAAUAGAGGAACAGAUGCGACACUGGUCUAGGGUCCUAGAGUUGGAGCGACGCAGGGAAGAAGUGCUGGAGCAGGUCGAGAGAAAGAGCAUAGCUGUAGAGGAGGAAGUUUCCAGCGGAGACGAGGCUGAGUUUGACGAGUUCCUCGAUUGGCGGGCUAAAAAAUCGUACAAAUAAUGAAUAAACUUGUCACGAUAUCGCCGAGUGUACAUUAUUUUUUUCAUCUGUAAAUACUCUCGUAAUUGUCUGUCGUACUCGCAAGGGUAUACGAAAUUCACGUUGCUUUAGCGUGACAAACAAUUCCCCAGUUGUAUAGAAAUUGAGUCUGAAUAAUCUGAUAUGAAAGAAAUAAAUUUUCAUAGAACAGUUUGGAGAAA